AAGGUCGUGGAGGCCGUGGUGGUCGUGGAGGCGAAGCGGCAAGCAUGAAAGGUGGAGACUACGACAAGGACUCGAGUGAAGAUCGAUACCCGGGCCAAUUCUUCUUUGUCUCCACGCAAGCGGCAGCUGCAGCAGGAGGUGUGGAAGGCUUUGAGGAGCCAGCAACUGUGGGAAAGGUCACCCUUCACUCUCUGGACUUUUGGGAAGCCGAAGGUGGAUAUGCUCCGGGUGUUCGGGUGCAUGUGCAUGGCACUUGUGCCUAAGAAACUUCGGCACAACAAGCUUGAUGCCAAGGCAACAUGGGCCGUACACCUGGGCAUGGCUCAAAACAGCA